AUGAACAUUUCGCUUCAACAGCAUGAUGUUCUCACAAAGUUCUACGAGAAGAAUCCAGUUCCAGAUAGGCAGCAGAGAGAGAGCAUAGCCGAAUCGUAUAAAAUGUCAAAUGUGGAAGUGGAGUCCUGGUUUUCUAAAUGCCAAGUCGUGUGUCCUGAAGAAUUGGGGAAGGAGAUUUUAUUGGAGAUUGCAAAACUGGAGGAAGAGAUGGCAUCCCAUGAGCCGUUCACAGCUCACAAGCAUAAAACUCUCACAAAGUUCUACGAGAAGAAUCCAGUUCCAGAUAGGCAGCAGAGAGAGAGCAUAGCCAAAUCGUAUGGAAUGUCAAAUGUGGAAGUGGAGUCCUGGUUUUCUAAAUGCCGAGUCGUGGGGCCUGAAAAAUUGGGGCAGGAGAUUUUAUUGGAGAUGAUAAAACUGGAGGAAGAGAUGGAAUCCAAUGAGGGGUAUCCAAUGUUCACAGCUCACAAGCAUAAAACUCUCACAAAGUUCUACGAGACAAAUCCGACUCCAGAUUAUGAUCAGAGGGAGAUCAUACGGAAAUCGGUUGAGAUGACAAAUGUAGAAGUGGAUUUGUGGUUUUUCAUGUGCCGUAAGAUGGGUCCUGAUGCAGUGUGGCAGGAGUUUGAAAAAGAGGCGGAGAUUGAGAAGGAGAAGGAUCAAAAGGAGCAACUGGAGACGAUGCUCCAGUCUAAGAAGAAGCUAGAAGAGCAAGAGGAGAAUGGAAAGAAAGAGAACGAGAAGCUGAACAAGAUUAUUGCGCAACAAGCAGAGGAGCUCAAGGAAUCUAAGAAUCUUAUUGCCGAAAAGAAUGCAGAGAUCCAAAAUCUGAUCAAGAAUAGCGUCAAAGAUCAAGUCAAUGGUCAGCAUGACCAAGCUGCCAACCUCACUACCAUGGCCAUUAUUCAACAGUCAAUUCCUGCGAGACUGCUCAAUGUGGAAAAAGAGUUGGCACGAGUUUCCUUGCAGCAGAAGGCUUUUGGGGAGGCGGAGCUUAAAAAAGAGAAUGAGAGGUUAAAGGAACAGAAGAAGGAGUUGGAGGCUAUGCUUCAGUCUAAGAAGAAACUUGAGCAGAAGCUGGAAAACGCAAAGAAAGAGAACGAGGUGCUGAGCAAGAAUAAUGCACAGCAAGCUGCUGAGCUCACGGAGUCUAAGAAUCUUAUUGCCGAAAAGAAUGCAGAGAUCCAAAAUCUGAUCAAGAAUAGCGCCAAAUACGACCAAGCUGAAGAGAAAAUUGCAUCCCAAGCUGCCGAAAUCCAACAACUAAAGUCCUGGAUCACCAACCUGACCACCAUGUCUCAUGUCCAAUCAGAUCCUGUUAGACUGCUCAAUAUGGAGAAUGAGAUGGCACGAGUUUCCUUGCAGCUGAAUGCUUUUGAGGAGGCGGAGCUUAAGAAGGAGAUUCAGAGGUUGAAGGAACAGAAGGAGCAGUUGGAGAUGAUGCUCCAGUCUAAGAAGAAACUCGAGGAGCAGGUCAAAGAGGCUUACAAGAUGAUCGCAGAGCUGGGCUUGUAUCUGAAGGAAGUGAACGAUAAAGUUGAGACAAUGACCAAAAGAAACCAAGAGCAAUCGGUGGAGCUCGAGGAGCAAGUGAAGAAUGGAAAGAAAGAGAAGAAGCUGAGCAAGAUUAUUGCACAGCAAGCAGCGGGGCUUAAAAAUAGCGUCAAGGAUACAGUCAAUGCACUGCAGGAGCAACUCGCAAAGCUGGUGAACGAAAUUACUCUUUGA